AUGGCAUGCGGAUGUGCAGUCCAACUUUUCUGCUGGAUUUGUCUACUGUUCACAGUAAUGCUGUUUAUUGGAUUCAUUCAUGUGGUCUGGGAAGCAACCAUCUCGAAAAGUGACUUUUGUUCCCGAGCUCAACUUCUAACUGGUGUAGAAUGUGCCAAAAAAACGCGACGUCUAGAAAAUGCACUAAUGGCCAUAAAUCAAACAACUCGAUUUUUACGACCACCAUUGGAAUAUCAAAAAGUAGUCGACCUUUGUGAAAACACACAGAACUGCUUUACAAAAAUAACUUGUGAAGAUGGUCAUGACUUUGUAGCGGAUGUGAUGGGCAAUUUUCCAGCAUGCGAGUUUUAUAAAUUUUAUACGACGGAGUUUAGUCAAUGUGCUGAGAGAAUUCGAUUCAACCGUUGCAAACAAUGGCUAGACAUCCAGCCCUGCAUUUAUGAUGCCAUUUAUGAGGAAUGUAAUUUUGAUGGAAACUCUACAGAUUUGGUUACUCGCUAUUCUGAAACAGCUCGAGAUUUCUACCGAUCCAUGUACUGCGAGCCAAAACCUGAACGGAUCAACACCAUUGAUAUUGAGUAUGAAAUUAUUGGUCUGGUUGGACAGAGUUAA